GCAACCAAACAUCUUAUAUGACACAUAACUUCAUCUCUCUUCCCCAACUCCAACCCCAAUUCCCACACGCUCUUCUCUCUCCUAAAUCCUCCUUGGAAUUACUCCACCGUCUCUACCGUGCCACAAGCCACCACCACUACUGUGAUAACUAUAUAUCGAUUGCAAGCACUCUAUAGUCUUAAACAGAAGAUCAAAGAAAAGAAGGUGUCCAAUUGGAUAGUCAAGGUUGACUUUAAUGGAGUCAAUGGAAUGUGGAUAUAUAUGCCCUUAUGAGAAGGGUACCCAGAAAAUAUCAGUUUGUGAUGAGAUUUUGAACAUGAAAGGUGAUAGCUUUCGAGUGGAUAUGGAACCUUUCUCUCAUCUCACGAACUACAAUCCAAGAUUUAAUUUGCAAAGAAGUUUAUCAAGAAAAGGAUCACAAAUUGCGGAAAGCGUUGACAAUGAAAGAGAUGGUAGUUCUUCGCCCAAAGUUGACACAAUGUCCGAAAAAUCUACACCAGUGUUGGUUGUGGCAACCGAGCAACAACUCCACCACCAAAUUAGCAUCGGGACUGGCGGCAACACCACUGCCGCCAGCGACACACCAACCAGAAGCAGACUCAUCGGAAAAAGAUCGAAUAGUUUCAAACAAACAUCAAUCAUCAGUCCUAGAAGAAUCCUUUUCUUCUUUGCUACAUUGUCAAGCAUGGGAACUUUCCUACUGAUAUACUUCACCCUCUCCAUGGCCAAGCACAACCAAGAUGAUAAUUUGCUCAAUUAAUACCCAGAAUACACCUUCAGGGGUCUGGCAUUUUUUUUUCUUAUUCUUUGUUUCACAAGCUGCCGUUGUUUAUACAAAAAAGGAACAUACAAGAUAUGUUAAACAUUCCCUUUAAUUUAUGA